UCCUACUUGCAGGCUGCUAUCAGACUUCUACCACCAGUAAUACACACGACCAUGUGUGUCAGAAGGCCGAAAUGUGGCAUCAGAAAUUGUGUCUUGAGGGUCAGAAGCUGGUGUGUUUAUUUGAUAGACGUGGGCUUUCUGCCUGCCGUGGCCGCCGUUAUGUUUUACCUGAUGGCAGACACAGUGGACAACUUUUUCCUCAUGAGAGAAAACACCAAAAAGAUAUCCGGACAACCGGCAUACGGCACGGAGCUGCAGGUCACGCCACAGGAGGUCAUUGACCGGAACAAAACCUACGUCAUGGAUGACAUCACAGAGUUCCUAAUUAAGGCCGAGCCGUGUGUCCCAGAGAACAGCACCAGAGCAGGCAGAAAGAAAGCCCACAAGAUGUACGACGCUCUGUUGCUGGUCAGCACUAGUGUGGCCAACAUGUACAACAGGAGAAUAUUAAGGGAGAUCUACGGGCUGUACGCUAGUACACAGCCCUACAGGAUCAAGGUGAUCACGUGA